CAACGAUCACCUUAAAAACUCUUUUUGAUUGGUUUAUUGACAUAUAAACAAAACAAAUUGCAGCGUAAAUUAAACAAGAGAGAGUCAAACUCAUUUUGUUGAUUUGCUCUAACGCUAAAUGACAAAAUUAAUUUUUUUUUUUUAUAAAGACAACAACACACAAUCGCCUUCGAACUGUGAAGAGGAAGAAGAAACCAUUUAGUGAACAUGGCGAAUUUGGGAGAAGAGAAGAAGGGGAAGAUGAAGCUAUACUCUUACUGGAGAAGCUCCUGCGCUCAUCGUGUCCGUAUCGCCCUCUCUCUUAAAGGUCUUGAAUAUGAGUAUAUACCAGUUAAUCUACUCAAGGGUGAACAAUCCGAUCCAGAUUUCAAGAAGAUCAAUCCAAUGGGUACUGUACCUGCUCUUGUUGAUGGAGAUGUUGUCAUAUCCGAUUCUCUUGCCAUCAUAAUGUAUCUGGAUGAGAAGUAUCCUGAGCCACCGCUCUUACCUCCUGACCUCCACAAACGUGCUGUCAAUUUCCAGGCAGCAAGUAUUGUCUUGUCUGGCAUACAGCCUCAUCAAAACCUGGGUGUCAUUAAGUUCAUCGAGGAAAAGAUCAAUUCGGAGGAGAAAACUGCUUGGGUUACUAAUGCUAUCACAAAAGGAUUCACAGCUCUCGAGAAACUGUUGGUGAGCUGCGCUGGAAAACACGCAACUGGUGAUGAAGUUUACUUGGCUGAUCUCUUUCUAGCACCACAGAUCUACGGAGCUAUCAACAGGUUCCAGAUUAACAUGGAACCGUACCCGACCCUUGCAAAGUGUUACGAGUCAUACAAGGAUCUUCCAGCGUUUCAGAACGCAGCCCCAGAGAAGCAGCCAGAUGCUCCUGCUUCCACCAGCUGAUCCUGUGAACUGGUAGUAAGCUAUCCUCAGCUUAAUAAAAACUUCACAGGCAACAUCAGCAACAAUAAUGAUAAAAAAUAACUUUGUACUCAUAUAUAUUGAUGUAUCAUAUGAACCAGUUCACUUCUAAGUUUUACUCUACUUGUAUUAUAAAAUAAAGAUCACAGACUUUGGAACUCGCAAACAUAGUUUAUGUGUUCCGAAGCCUUUA